CCGUGCAAACGUAAAAAGAGUCCGUGUCCCAGCACCUCGAAAUGUGAAACUAUUCGAUCAUCAUCUGGUACAUCACACCGCUGUGUUGGUAAGUUAACCCAUUGAGUAAGUUAACCCGUUGGUAAGUUAACCCAUUAAAAUCAUCUGGCGUCAGACAGAGUGAAUACUAAAGUAGGGCACAUCUGGGCGUAUUGCCACUGAACAAUGAGGGUUAACAGGGCGCAUGGGCUGAGUCUGAUUAACCAAUCAAGUGGCAGCAAUCUCCUCUUGAUGACUGACAUGGGAUUAACAGAAGAUCGCAAUUACUUGACCUCCGUAGAAAACAACCAGCCUUGGAAACAAAGUUAGUGAAGUCAAGUGUUUUGCUUCACAAAGCCGUUUUUCAUUUUUCAGACAUUGACGAAUGUUUGACUGGCAAGUACAAAUGUGGUGACGGAGAGGAGUGCUACAAUAAGGAGAAUGGAUACGAGUGUCGAUGCACGAAAGGUCUUAUCCGAGAAAAGGGAAAGUGUAUUGGUAUGUCGUUAUGUAAUGAUUAACAUCAAUUAACCACAUCUUGUGCAGAAUACAAAUUGUAUUUUACAGUGUCAUGUUCUCAAAUACAAAUAAAAAACUUAGUCAGUAUUUUUUUUCAGCUAAAAUUGAUCCAUGCAAGGCAGAACCUCCAGUGUGUGAUAUUAAAAUACAACGUUGUGUUUCGACAAACUGGACUUCUUAUGAAUGCCUAGGUAACACCUUAAUAUUGUUCUACUUGUUUUCUCUUAAUCCAUAAAGUUAUUGCAGUGUUUUAUGUUUUAUGAUUCUUUCUGGGUCUCCACGAAGAAGAUUUUAGACAGUCCUAACAGGUACUCAAUUGCGUUUUUACCUUUUUUGCAGACAUUGAUGAAUGUUCGACGCAAAAACACGAUUGUGAUAAGAAAGCAAAAUGUAUUAACACUGAACCAGGAUUUAAAUGUCAGUGUAUACCUGGUUUUAAGGAAUACGAUAAUGGAAGGACAUGCAAAGGUAAUGUUGUUUCUUUGUAUUCGAUGUUUUGUAUUCAAUAUUUCUGUCACUGAUUUUGUUGGCUUUUUCUCUUCUUCCCAUCUGCAUUCUCGCCUAUCCUUUUCACUUUUCAAUUAUUCGAAAAUCCUUUUGUUGUUUUUUUACAGAUCUGAACGAAUGCUCAAACAAACUUCUGUGUGCAAAGCAUGCUAAAUGUACAAACCUUGCUGGAUCUUACAAAUGUGAAUGCAAUCCUGGCUAUUCUGGAGAUGGAAAAUAUUGCAAAGGUACGAAGUUGUUUUUAAAUUGUGUGCUUCCAUAAUGAUUCUUUAUUGGUGUUCGGUUUUCUUCGUAACUCUGUCUGAUUUAAUUUCCAUCUUACUGCACUGCACUGCACUGCACUGCACUGCACUGCACUGUACUGCACUGCACUGUACUGUACUGUACUGUACUGUACUGUACUGUACUGUACUGUACUGUACUGUACUGUACUGUACUGUACUGUACUGUACUGUACUGUACUGCACUGUACUGCACUGCACUGCACUGCACUGUACCGUACAGCACUGCACUGUACCGUACAGCACUGCACUGUACCGUACAACACUGCACUGUACCGUACAGCACUGCACUGUACCGUACAACACUGCACUGUACCGUACCGUACCGUACAGCACUGCACUGUACCGUACAGCACUGCACCGUACCGUACCGUACUGCACUGCACUGUACUGUACAUAUAUCUGCUCUCAUCUCAUCUCACAGACAAUGAUGAAUGCAAAGCUCACAGCAAGUGUUCAGUUGAUGCAAUAUGCAAGAACAAACUUGGAACUUUCCAAUGCGUUUGUAAGAAAGGUUUCCAUGGAAAUGGAAAAAUCUGCAAAGGUAAACAUCAGUAACUCUCAUUUUCAAUUGCAUUUGAAUUCGACAUUCAAAAUUAUCCUUUAUUUCAGAUAUAAACGAAUGUUCCAAGAAGAAGUACAAAUGUCCAGCUCAUUCAAAAUGUCACAACACUCCUGGAGCAUACAGUUGCAAAUGUCGUCAUGGAUUCAAGUUGAAAAAUGGACGUUGCUUAGGUGGGUAUCUGUACCAUCACCACAAUCUUAGCAUGAAUUUAUAUGUGGCUUUCAUGAAGCAUUAGCAGAUCACCGCUGGUGUUGCUCAACCAGCUGUUAUCAGAGUGAGAAAAUAAUAUUAAUUCCGUUCAAUGCACACGUUAAAAUCUCAAAACUUAUCAACAUCUGUUUGCAACAGGCUCGUUGCAAGCUUGUCAAGAAGUUGUAAAAUCCUGUGUUAUUUUAUCAAGUUGCUACAAGGUUGUCACUCACAACUUCUUGACAAGUUGUGAAAUUGCAGGACGAUAACAAGUUGUUCGAACAACUUAUAACAAGUCUGUUGAGCUCAACAACCUUGUAGUAAGUUGUCAACAAGCUGGGAAAAAGCAUUGCGAAGACAAGUCGUUGGAACAGCAUUGCUACAAGUGUGGACAUUUCUCAGUUGGCAACCAUCUGGUGCCAUUCUAAUGCUUAGGAACGCCCCCACCAAACCAGCCUUAUACUGUACGAACAUAUCUUUCAACCUUUUUUUUCUUUUAAAAUUUUCUAUUCUUAUAGACGUGGACGAAUGCAAAGUGGGCUCUCAUAAAUGCCACAAGAAUGCCUUGUGUACCAACUCUGUUGGCAGUUACAAAUGCCGCUGUAAAAAAGGAUUUCAACAGUUGAAGAAUGGAAGACUGUGCUUGAAAGACGGUUAGUUAAACCUGCUACUUUAAGUCGAGUGUAGUGUAUAAAUUAGGGUGACCUUUCUUUGAUGUGCUUGAUAUCUUAACGCUUAUCCUAAAUCCAAUCCUUACCCUAACGUCUGGUCGACACUAUCAAAGUUUCUACGAUCACAGUAGGAAUUUUGCACAGGUAAAUAAUACGUUUUGAAGGAUUUGUAAGAAAUAUUUGAGGGAAUUGGCUCAGUGUUUAACGGUUUAACAGUUCCCUCAAAUAUUUCUUACAAAUCCUUCAAAACUUAAUAUUUACCAAUUUAAUAUUCCUACUAAUAUUCCACAGAAACUUUGAUAGUCAAACCAUGCCUAAACAUAACCAUCAUCAUUCAUGAUUUAUUUUUUCUCUAUUUCAUUUAGAGAAGACAUCAAAAAGCAACAAUACAUUGAUCAUUAUUGUCGCAGUUUCAGCAUCUCUGCUUCUGGUCAUUUUAAUCUCGUGCUGUGUUUGUUGUCGAAGGUACGAACUACAGUAUAGCAUCAGGAAGAAUACGCAUUUAAAGUGUUUCAAGCGAGGGACAUGCAAUCUUUCUCCAAACUAUUGGCGAAAAGCCUUUUUUUUCAUCAAAACAGUGAUUUUCGGCUGAUAAAAACAUGGUUAAAACAUUUUCCAAAUUAUAGCAAAAUCCCAAUCGCGGUUACUUUUCUUUAAUUUAGAAGGAACAAAAAACGCAAGAAAAAUGAUAGCGAGGAGUUCAAGACGCUUUUAGCCGAUCAGGUCGCUCAAGACUAACAAUGACAACAAAGCUGUGUUUUAUCCUCGUGGAAAGAAUUAUCACGUUGACAAGAAAUCAAGAAGUAUGCAUAAAGUAUAAACAAGCAAUGCUUGUAUGGAAUCUUGUAAUAAUAUUUGCCUACCUGUAACAGAAAUACAUUUCAUCUUUUGC